UCCGUUCUCGGCCGCCACCGGAUCUCCGAUUCCUCUUUCCCCCGUUAUCGGAUCCGGGACCACACCUUACUCAGUCUCGCACAGUUUUAUCAGCAUCUAUAAGAGGAUCCUCAUCGAUAAUUAUUUGAGCAAUGCUUCGACUGUUCUUAUCAAGGGCUGCUCAGAGGCAAAACCCUCUAUGUUUUCUGAACCAGAGGAGAGGCGUACAUGAUAGGAACAAGAAGGCAAUGGAGUUAGUGGCCAAAGGGUGGAGUGCCCUCCAAGAGGUUGAUAGAGUCAUUGACCACACGGAGUUGAAUGAUCCACGUCUCAUACCUCUUCUCAGGGGUGCAAAAGAAAACUUUGAGUUGGCAUUGGAGGUUGAUAACAUGAACACCCAUGCGAGGUAUUGGCUAGGCAGGAUGCAUUUCAAGUAUCAUGUUCCCGGGGCUUGUAAACUUGUUGGAGCUGCUUUACUUGUUGAAGCAGCAAAUAUGGGUGAUGCAGAUGCACAGUAUGAACUUGGCUGCCACUUGCGCAUUGAGAAUGACUAUGUUCAGUCAGAUCAACAAGCUUUCUAUUAUUUAGAGAAGGCUGUUGACCAGUUGCAUCCAGGUGCUUUGUAUCUUCUUGGUGCAGUAUAUUUGGCUGGAGAUUGUGUGAAGAAAGACGUUGCUUCUGCAAUGUGGUGCUUCCAUCGGGCAUCGGAAAAGGGCCAUGCAGGAGCAGCGAUAGCAUAUGGAUCGCUACUUCUUAAAGGUGUCAGAGUACCGGAGGUGAUAACCAGGUUCGAAGCGAGCAGGAGCCCAUUGACUGGAGGAGCGAAGAAGAACUCCAAGAACGUGCGAGAGGAUCCAGUGAAGAGGGCCAAGGAGCAGUUCCAGAUUGCUGCAGAGGCUGGGUCUGACCUCGGCCUCCGGUGGCUGAAAAGGCUUGAAGAUAUUGAGAGGUCUCAGGCUAAAGAAGCAACUUAAUGAUGGUUUCUCUCAUGGAUUUAAUGCAUGUCUGCAGUUUGUGAAGAAUGCAUGUUCACACAAAAGUUUAUAUAAAAUUGUUCUUCACUGUAAUGCUUUUCCUUUUAAAUGUAUUUUUAUAGUUUUGAGCAAUAGAAAUGGUUGGCAUAAUUUACGGUUAAAAGGCUUUAUCUUUUUACUUUCUUGUUUUAGCACUUGUAAGAUCGAGCCUGUAAUUACAGUUACAAUUUAUAUACAUUGUAAUUGUAAUUAA